ACUGUUGACAGUGCCGGGGUGUAGGAGGGAGAUGGUGCGGUGUUUUGUUAUAAAGAAAUAAUGUCACGGCCCUGAUUCUCCGGCAGUCUGCUGCACGGCGAGUCCCUGUCGUCCCCCCCUGGCACCGCGGCGAAAAGUUUGCUCACAGCCCGGCUGUCUGAAAUGGACGGUGGACAGGAGGUGCGGCUGGAGGCCGCCCCGUACUGCUUCUCCACCUGCGACGGGGGCGCGGAGGUCUCCGGCCACGGCCUGACCCGGCGCAACAAGAAGACCCGCAGCCUGAGCGCGUCUGCAGCCACCACCUCAUGGGAGUACAGGAGGACUCAGUCGCUCCACGGGCCGAGUCCUGUGACCACGUUCGGCCCCAAGGCAUGCAUGCUUCAGAAUCCACACGCAGUCAUGCACAUUCAGGACCCCGCCAGCCAGAGGCUGACGUGGAACAAGCCUCCCAAAAGUGUCCUUGUCAUCAAGAAGAUCCGAGAUGCCAGCCUGCUGCAGCCUUUCAAAGAGCUGUGCGUCUUCCUCACCGAGGUGAAAAACAUGAUUGUUUACGUGGAGAAGAAAGUCCUGGACGAUCCGGCGAUCUCCGGAGACGAAAACUUCGGAGCCGUCUCCAAGAAAUUCUGCGCUUUCAGAGAAGAUCUGGACGACAUCUCCAACCAGGUGGACUUCAUCAUCUGCCUGGGCGGCGACGGCACCCUGCUGUACGCCUCGUCCCUCUUCCAGGACAGCGUUCCUCCGGUCAUGGCCUUCCACCUGGGCUCCCUCGGCUUCCUCACGCCCUUCAAGUUCGACACGUACCAGUCUCAGGUCACCCAGAUUAUUGAAGGAAACGCCGCCAUCGUGCUGCGGAGCCGCUUGAAAGUGCGCGUGCUGAAGGAGAACUGGGAGAAUAAAGCCCGGGUGGACGAGAAGGGAAUCAUCCUGACCAACGGGGACGCCGAGAGCAGCCGCAAGGCCAUGCAGUACCAGGUCCUGAACGAGGUGGUGGUGGACCGAGGACCCUCCUCCUACCUGUCCAACGUGGACCUCUUCCUGGACGGACACCUCAUCACCACGGUGCAGGGAGACGGUGUGAUCGUGUCCACGCCCACCGGCAGCACCGCGUACGCCGUGGCGGCCGGAGCCUCCAUGAUCCACCCCAAUGUCCCGGCCAUCAUGAUCACCCCCAUCUGCCCGCACUCGCUGUCCUUCAGGCCCAUCGUGGUGCCGGCCGGCGUGGAGCUCAAGAUCAUGCUUUCCCAUGACGCCAGGAACACGGCCUGGGUGUCGCUGGACGGGAGGAAGCGGCAGGAGAUCUGCCACGGAGACAGUAUCACCAUCACCACCUCCUGCUUCCCCGUUCCCUCCAUCUGCUUCCGGGACCCGGUCAACGACUGGUUCGAGAGCCUGGCGCAGUGUCUGCACUGGAACGUGAGGAAGAAGCAGAACUACCUCAGCUCGGAGGACGAGGAGUUCUGAGUCCUCCCCGACCCGACGCCACUCAGAAAGACCUUCACGUUCACUUUCCCCCAAUCAGAUGAUUCGUCCAAACAGUUGCUUGUUGCUUUUUUUUAUAUGUCGGAUUGGUAGAAAGACGUCGGCUGAUUGUCAGGUUGAAGCUUGAAUGUGAUUUUACUGAUGGAAAAACAGAAACACAGGCUCUUAGAGCAAAAACACCCUGAUUAAGCUAAAGAGAAUAAAUGGAAAAACUAAUAAUUUAUUAAAUUAUUUCCCUGCAAAUCAAACAAGGAAGCGCACACCGGACUUUAUCCACAGCCAAACCUCCCUUUGUUCUUCUUCUAUUGUUGUUUUUCUACCGUAAAACUCUGGAGUUCGGGCUGGAGAGACGGUUUGAGUCUGUCGGACUGUGCCUUAAACACCCGUAACACUAAUGUACAGAGACGUCGUCCAGGUUUACAUCAGCGUUUCCUUCAUAUCCGCGUCCCCCCGGCGCCUAGCUGCCGGCUGUGAUCCAUUCCAGGCAAAGGAGGCGGCCCGCCCCCCCCCCCCCCUUUUUUUUUUCUUUUUUUAAGUCUGCUUUUUUAAAAACCUGUCCUUGAAGCCAUAGUGGAAGUUUUUAAAAGUCGACCGAUGUCCGUUUUCACACCGUGGCCGCCUCCAGCUCCACACCAACAAACGGCAAUCAUUCCUCUCACUCUGGAGUCUGUAUAUAAGUCGAGAAAAUGUAUUUUGUAAAGUCCACAUGUUUAUUACCGUGUUUACAGAGUGUUAUUAAUGAAAGUAAAUCUAUUUGGUACUUUUUUUUUUUUUUUUUUUUACUUUGAUAACUUCCUCAGUUGUUAACGUUAUUUCCAUGAAGUCAGGUCAGGGUUAGCAGGUCUGACCACUCAGCUCCAUUUUUUUAAAAAAAGAAAAAGGUUUUACCUGAAGUUUCUUCUAAUGGAGCCAAAGUUUAUUCCAAAUUCAUUCCAGUCUGGUGUUUUAGGUGCGCUGGUCUGUCAGGAGCUGCUGAAAAGCCCAACUGCUGGGGGAAAAAGUCUCUUUUAAACUUCUAUGAAGCGUGGUUGACUCUCUUCUCAAAGUGCUUUUCACUUUUUGUAACUAUGAGAACAUGUAACUCUUUUAACUUUUUGUAUCUUUCAGUUUGUAAAUGUUUCUAAUAUGACUCUCACUUUUUUUUUUCCCCCCAAAUGACUUUAAUAAAUGAGAAUUUUAAACGGG